CUGGGCAAGGGUUUACCUCUGAAGGGAGCAUAGAACAUCAUUCCACAGCUAAGACGUAAAUCUGGACAUGGAAAGUCCCCCGGAGAAGACACACCGGGAGGAGGAGCGUUUAUGUAUCCGUUGUCAUCCUGUCUGAAAUUCGGGGCUCUGAUAAUAGCUGGAUUUGCAGUGGUGUGUAUGACCCCUCCGCUGCUCAGGAUUGUGGGACUGCGAGCCUUUACUAUGGCCACCGAAGCUUACAAAUCGGGAUCUCUCUCCGCUGCCUACGUCACCUGCCCCAAUGACACAGUGGCCAAGGACAUAGCCCGGGGCCUUGUGGAGAGGAAGCUGGCGGCCUGUGUGAAUAUUAUACCGCAGAUAACCUCCAUAUAUGAGUGGAAGGGGAAGGUGGAGGAGGACAGUGAGAUACUGCUGAUGAUUAAGACCAGAUCAUCUAAAGUGCCUGCUGUAACAGACUACGUCAGGUCGGUGCAUCCAUAUGAAAUCUGUGAGGUGAUCAGUGUCCCCAUAGAGCAGGGGAACCCCCCGUAUCUGACCUGGGUUGCAGACGCUGUGCCAGAAUGAGGCCCUGCACCAACCAGCGAUGCUCUGCAGCCGUCACAUCUGAGGAGAGCUAAAUAAAUGUGUUUCUUAGUGAUAAUAGAA